AAAAAUCAUCCAUAGUUGUUAAGCUCGAAGGAGAUAUUUGCGAAACUACUAGCACUAGGGCAAAUUUCUCAACAAAGAAGCUAAGCAUAAGCAAGCAGCUAGAAGUGCAGCACGCGCCAAUACUUUCUUCGGUGAAUCGUUUGAGGAGCGAUGAGUAAAAAAAAGAACCCUAUGGUAUUCUUCGAUAUUUCAAUUGGUGGAGAUCUGGUGGAAAGAAUUAUUAUCGAGCUUUUUGCAGAUGUUGUUCCUAAGACAGCUGAGAAUUUCCGGGCACUCUGUACAGGUGAAAAGGGCAUUGGCAAAUCUACCGGGAAACCCUUGCACUAUAAAGGAGCUUUUUUUCAUCGAAUAAUCAAAGGAUUCAUGGCCCAAGGUGGUGACUUUUCAAAGGGAAAUGGCACUGGUGGAGAAAGUAUUUAUGGAGGGAAGUUUGCAGAUGAGAAUUUUAAACUGACUCAUGACGGACCUGGUAUUCUCUCUAUGGCAAACAGUGGUCCAAACACAAACGGAUCUCAAUUCUUUAUAACCUUCAAGGGCCAACCUCAUCUUGAUGGGUAUUUAACGUUUGCUUAUUACUUAUUUACCUGUUAUGACUGUAAAGAUGGAGCUUUUCUAUGUUGCUUAGCAAUGGAUUUGUCAUUUCUUCGGUGAAUUGGUAAUUAUCGCCGCCAUUUUCGAACUCUAGCUCGAGUUUACUCAGCUCGACUCGCUGCUCUCCCAACUGUUGCUUUCCUUCAAUACUCUGUAUCUUUUUGUUUUUUUAGGCUUUUUCUUCUGUAUCAGUUUGAUCCGUUCUGAUUUUCUGAGCAGUAGAUAGCUAUCUUUAACCUUCCAAGUUUAAGCAUUUCAGUUAAAUUUUAAGCUUGUUUUCUCCUUAAAGAAGAAGAUCAAGAGUUUUUGAGUGUGAAAAUUAGGAUUUAGGGUUUUUGCGGUUACAGUAGGAUUGUCGCGAUGCGUUAACUAAAUUGUAAUUUAGACUUUUUUUAGUAAUAAAUACAGUGGUGAAUGCAUAUCAUAUUCGUAGCAUUGGUCUGUUUUAGAGGAUAUGCAUCGCUUGUAGCUUGAAAGGGUGUAUGUAAGUGAAUAUGGAGUUUAGACAUCUUUAAAUUUUAGGGUUCUUCUAUAGGGAAUUUUAUUCACAAAAUUUGCUGAAGGAACUCUUCUUGAAGAAGCUUGUAUGUUUGAUAUGUGAGAAUGAAGUAGAGUUUUAUGUGCCA